GGUCUGGGUCUUGUGCGUCUCUUCAUAUCCUCAAAAUUAUUGAAAACAGAAUCCAAUAUUCAAUGGCGAAGGAACUAGCAGAGAAAGCUAAAGAGGCCUUCUUAGAAGACGACUUCGAUGUGGCCGUUGACUUAUACUCCAAAGCCAUUGACUUGGAUCCCUCUUGCGCCGCCUUCUUCGCGGAUCGUGCUCAGGCCAACAUCAAAAUCGAUAAUUUCACCGAAGCUGUUGCAGAUGCAAACAAAGCCAUCGAGUUGGAGCCUACGUUGGCUAAAGCUUACCUUAGAAAGGGCACUGCUUGUAUGAAGCUAGAAGAAUAUAGUACUGCUAAAGCAGCCCUUGAAAAAGGCGCUUCUGUUGCACCAAAUGAUUCCAAGUUUAAGAAGAUGUUAGAUGAAUGCAAUCUUCUCAUUGCAGAGGAAGAGAAAGACUUGGUUCAACAGAUGCCACCGACUUUGCCUUCAAGCUCUACAACACCACUAGCAACCGCAGCUGAUGCUCCUCCUGUUCCAACUCCUGCAGCACCUGUCAAACCUAUGUUCAGACACGAGUUCUAUCAGAAGCCAGAAGAAGUGGUGGUGACGAUUUUCGCUAAAGGAAUACCAAAGCAGAACGUAAAUGUUGAGUUUGGUGACCAGAUUCUGAGUGUUGUGAUUGAUGUUGCUGGAGAGGAAGCUUAUCAUUUCCAGCCAAGAUUGUUUGGGAAGAUAAUACCAGAGAAGUGCAGAUAUGAAGUAUUGUCAACCAAAGUUGAGAUCCGUCUCGCAAAAGCAGAGAUAAUCACUUGGGCCUCCCUUGAAUAUGGCAAAGGGCAAGCUCUUCUGCCUAAACCCAAUGUUGCAUCAGCAGUGUCGCAGAGGCCAGUGUAUCCAUCAUCUAAGCCUGGAAAAGACUGGGACAAGCUGGAGGCUGAAGUGAAGAAACAGGAGAAGGAUGAGAAGCUAGAUGGAGAUGCAGCAAUGAACAAGUUUUUCAGCGAUAUAUACCAGAGUGCUGAUGAGGACAUGAGGCGAGCCAUGAACAAAUCAUUUGCUGAGUCUAAUGGGACAGUGCUGUCUACAAACUGGAAAGAGGUUGGGACUAAGAAAGUGGAGAGCACUCCCCCAGAUGGCAUGGAGCUCAAGAAAUGGGAGUAUUGAUUAUCUUUAUAAACCCUCUUUUCUGGUCCUGUCAAAAUUUCUGAAAUAUUUCAACUUUAAAGUUUCUUUGGGUUUUUGCUUGAUUUUUUUCUCUUCAUUCUUGCGUAGUGGUCUGGAAAACGUUCUGAGAUUGUAUUAGAAAACCUCGCAAGUUUGUGUUAUGUACUUUUUCUUUUCUGUCGACAGAUUUUCGUGACAUUCUUGCAUUGUGGUCUUAAGUAAGAUGUAUAAACCCCAACUUUCAGCUGAAAAUUG